AUGUCUAAAACAGAAGUUUGGGACAAGUACAUCUUGCCAGUCAUCGGUGCCUUGCUGGUCAUCCAAGUGGCCUACUGGAUGUCUUGCGACUACAAAUACCUCGAACACCAGAUCUACAAUCCCGAGGAUGGCACCAUCAUCGAAGACACUCAGGCUCCCCCAGAAAUCCCAGUCCCUGAGAAGAAAUCGUCUCGUCUCUUCCAAAGCCAGUCCUUUAUCGGUUCCGGAUGA